AGUUCGGAAAAGGAGGGAACGCGUGACAGAGCGAGACGGAACGUCCGCGCGGAGGGCCUGCGAGCAGAAGACAACGGCCGCCAUUUUCUCGUGACAUUACCGUGUAGCUGUUCUCGCGGUGUUGUUCGUCGACGUGGGGGGAUUCGCGAUUAUUUAUCGUCCUCUACCCGUCUCUCUCCCUCCUCCUUCUCUCUCUCUUUCUCUCUCUGUCCGUCUCGCUCCAAGUUGAACCGACGACGACGUCGAUAACGAGGAGAAGGGAGCGACGACGGGGCGGCAACGACGAGGACGACGACGACGACGACGGAGGUGGUGGUACCCGGACGAUACUCCGUCUUUGUGUGUAGUGAGAAUCGUGGAGAUAAAAGCCCGAGUGCAGAGAUAACGAUAAGACGUCAGUGAUAGAUCGUGUCUGCUCUCUCUCUCAUCGUCGGGGGAGACGGAAGAGAAGGAGAAGCAGCAGCUGUGACGAGGUUUCUCUCGUCAGUCGUACACGUUCGAUCGGAGCGAAGAGGGAAUUUGUCGGCGACGACGUUCUUCUCUCCGAGGAGGCUCCACCGUGUAGAGGCAUCGGCGAGGAACGCAAAAGAAGUCCAUCCGUGAAAGGACGGCUCUCCUUUCGCUCCCCCGUGGAACGACGAGGUGGAACAUCAUCGUCGACCUGCUCCUCGCAGUUGAUAUUGUAUUGUCGGACGGUCACGCGCCACCGCGUACAGCAUCGGCAGCAGCGCCACCGGGAUGGAGAGGCGAGCCGCUUUUGUGCUGCUGGGGCUGCUAUAUUUAGCGGUGGGCACCCUCGUCACGGUCCAGGCAGUGACGUAUUCGGGAAAGGCGAUCGUUAACGAGGGACAAAGUUGGGAGAUCGAGUGGAACGACUUGAAGGACGGUGAAAAAAUUAGAUGGACCAGGAACGGCCAGAUGCUGGAACCGGAGCUGUCCAGCGGUCAGCUGGUUGUCCUCUCAAAACCUAACAGUGGCUCUAGCAAACUUUCGGCGAUCCUAGCAACAGAGAGCCACGAUGGAGAUUAUAAAUGCACAAACGACAGUCCGGAGUUUUUCCACCUCUCGAUAAACUUCGAUAUAAGAGUCAAAGUACUUACGCCCAAAGACGUACCAUUGGUGCUGGAAUGCACAAACAAGAGCGAUGGCAAACAAGUGCAGUGGCAGAAGGAGAAGGUAUCUUUGAGCAGAGCGCUACCUGGCCACGAAGACCUCAUCAAGUUCGACAACGAGACUGGUAGUCUGGAGAUUUUAAAAGACAAGGAGGAGGUUCUUGGAAAUUACACUUGUAUAGUUGGCCCGAACUCCACGAUCGAGUACAGAGUCCUACCAAGGCCGACAGCGCAUCUCGCUGAAUCUACCAGCGUGGUGGAGGGAGAAAAGUUACACUUGGUAUGCGGCGGAAAGUUGAACCCCGGCGUAAAGAUAAUCUGGACUUUCGGGAGUGAAAAUUAUACAAGCAGCACGGGUCGCGUUAAGAUCAGCAAGGAUUCGGAGAGGGGUAUCUACGGCGCCGUUCUGACCGUCGAAAACAUCGAGAUGAAUGAUCGCGGUAACGUCAUCUGCAGGGCGUCGUACAACUGGACCGAUCCAUACGUUACGGAUCACUCGUCGGAGGCCGAGACAUUCCUCAGAGUCAAGGACAAACUUGCCGCACUCUGGCCCUUCCUAGGCAUUUGUGCGGAGGUCGUUGUUCUGUGCGCCAUCAUCUUGGUCUACGAGAAGAAGCGGAACAAGGCCGAACUUGAGGAAUCCGAUACUGAUCAGAGUCCCGAUACUAAACCGACGCCCAACAAGGAAUCCGAUGUCAGGCAGAGGAAGUGAAACAACAAAUAAACGAACAAAGAGCGACGCGAUAGAAAUGGAAAGAAGAGCUGUCAUGUGUCACAGAGUGUUAUAAAGGAAAUUCAUAAAGAUAACGGGACUUGAAUGAGAGAGAGGUAUAAUGUCACAAAUGUGUGGACUAAACACUGAAAAUGGACUGCAGCAAGCUCGAGUGGGCCAUUCAUAGUGCACGCCUGCGUGAAAGCAGGUUUUGUGCAGCAAAUGCGUGCAUAGCAGGAUCACACAAGUUACUAACAAAUUAAAUUAAGCCUUAUUACGGUGUUCACUCCAUUUAUCAGAUGUUCGCCUGUUCGUAUUCUUUAACUACACCGCUUUGACCGACGGAGAGAAAGAUGUGUUGACACGAGUUAUAUGUACAAGUGCCGAUGAUGGUGACGACAGGAGUGCGUGCGAGGGAAUGAAGGGUGAGAAAGAGUGGGAGAGACAGGAAAACAGAGAAAAAA